AGAAAUAAAUAAAAAGAGAAACUUUUUGUUUGUGCAACAGAGCCCUAGAAAAUUAGGUCGAUUAUUUGUUUCCAGAUCAGAUGAACAAUAAUCGGUUGGGAUUUAGGUUUAGUCCAACGCAGGAGGAAUUGAUAAACUUUUAUUUGAAGAACAAAAAUCUGGGUAAAGAAUGGAUCGUUGAAGAAGCGAUUAGCGAGAUCAACAUCAAUAGCUACGAACCAAAGUUGCUGCCUUCUUUAUCGAAGAUCAAAUCGAAUGAUCUUGUAUGGUACUUCUUCUCCCCGUAUGAAUACACGAAUAAGACGCGAAAGAGGACUACAAGUAAUGGGGUCUGGAAACUUACUGGACCUGAGAGGAAAAUCAAGGAUAAGGGAGGAAUUGGCGGCGAGAUCGGGAUUGUAAAGACGUUGGUGUACCAUGAAAGAAAGCCUUCCAGUGGAGGUUGGACUCCGUGGGUUAUGCACGAGUAUCACAUUACUUGCUUGCCUCCUGAUCAGAGGACCUAUGUUCUCUGCAAAAUAUUGUAUAAGGGUGAAGCUAGAGACUUCCCAUCUGGAAAUAAUGAAGUUGGAAUCAUCCCAUCUGGUACUGAAAUUGGAAACUUCUCAUCUGCUGGUAGUCUAGUUGGAGACUUCCCAUCUGCUGGUAAUUACUCGAGUGAUCUGUGUUACUCUUUUGUCGGUGAUUCGAAUUCUGUCGGAGCAACAUCUCUUACAAAGAUGAAAAAACGACAGCAGAAACUUCCAUCAGUACAAACACCGGUCGUUGAUUCUAAUACCGUAAGAGCAGCUAAUUUUUCAAAGAUGUACAGACUUCUGCAAAACCUUCCAUCCGUAGAAAUACAAGGGAAGUUCAACUCAGACACCGCACCAUAGCAUCAAACCAAGACGGUCUUGUGUGUUACUUUUGUGCCUACCUGUAUCAAAUUAUCUCAAAACAUAUUUUGGAUUUUAAAGAUAUUAUGUUAUUUCCUUUUCAGGUGAAAUAAUGUUUAUAAAAAAAUCUCUUGAUAUGAAAUGUCCACAUAGCUUCUACU